CGUCGCGAACUGUUCGAUAACCGCAGAUCAAAACACCAACCAAGAAUCACCAUGAAGUUCCUGAUUGUCUUCGUUGCCCUCUUCGCUCUGGCUCUGGCCGCUCCUGCUGACAAAGUUGAAAUCCUGCGAUCGGAAUCCGAGGUUGGACCCGAGAGCUUCAAAUACGACUGGGCGACUAGCGAUGGCCAGGAGGCUAAUGCUGCUGGUAAGCUGAAGGACGUUGGAACCGAGAACGAGGCCAUCUCCGUCCAGGGAUCCUACCGCUUCAUUGGUGAUGAUGGUGUCACCUACGAAGUCACCUACAUCGCCGAUGAGAACGGAUUCCAGCCCCAGGGUGCCCAUCUGCCCGUUGCCCCCGAGGCCUAAGUUGAGUUGCUUGCACCCAGAGCAGCUUUAAAGCCAUCCAAUCCUACCCAACUCCUUGUUAAUAACUCCGAUCCCUACCAAACCUAUCUUGUCCUUGUUUUCAAAGGAUGGGAACUAAGUCAACCCACUCAACUUGUUAAAUAUUAAAUGAAAAAUGAUUACCAGAAA